AUGGAGAAUGAUGGUAAGCGGCCGUGCUCCUACCCGUAUCUCUCACCGGAAUUGGUGCAGGAGAUCCUAUCCUAUCUUCCGGCCAAGUCACUUAUGCGAUUCAAGUCCGUCUGCCGAUCCUGGCGAUCGAUUAUUCUUGAUCCCCCUUUCGCUCGAUCACACAACCGCCGUGGUUCCUCGCCAAGGUUUCUAAUCUCUAGUAUAUUCAGAUUCCCUGGAUCCGACAUAGAUUUUUUUAACGUAAAUCUUGAAGACCAACGAAUUUCCGUCGACCACACCUUUCAUGGCCAUCAACAAAGGGGUAUUAUAUGCAGCAACCAGGUCAACGGUUUGGUUUGUUUCUAUUACUCUGACGACCACCCUUCUUACUUGCACAAUAUCGCCACCCGGGAAACCGUUCAGCUUCCGGCGCCUAGUAAAGGUGAGGAUUACAGACACAGUUUCCACCUUGGUUUUGACCCGGUUACGAAACUUUACAAAUUGGUGAAGAUAAACUGUUUGUUAGAAUACCAACACUACUCUAUCAAUUGCGAGAUUCUUACCUUGGGAGACGGGUCUCCCUGGAGAACCAUCGAUUCUCCGCCUUGGAAAUUAUUAUUGUCGAGGUGCGAGUGUUACAAUGGGGUUCUAUGCUGGGAUGAGGAUCCAGAAGAUUCUAGAAUCGUUGGUUUCGAUCUCUCGAAUGAGCGGUUUUUCGAUUUCCCAAAGCCGACACAACGGUAUAAGGAUUCUAGGUUAUUAUAUUUUGGGCCUGGGUUGUCUAUGUCAACUCGGGAUGUCGAGGAGUGCCCUGAUGAUAAGUACAAGAUAAGUAAAUGUAGUAUCAUCUCUUAUCAUCAUCAUCACGGUUAUAAUAAUGGUCGUGGCGGCGACGGAGUCAACAACUACCUAGCUGCGGAGGUGCCAACUGAGUUGAAGUUGGAGUUUCCGGUGACAUGGUUUACAAAAGUAAAAUGUAUCAUUGGUAUACUCCCUGAUGGAAAGGUUUUGAUGCAUGGGAUCGAGAAGUACUAUUGUCAUCCAGAGAGGGUUCUAUUUGUAUAUAACCCAACACAUGGGACGACUGAAACUCUCUCAAUGGAUCCAUCCCUAGUAUCAUCAUCGUCAAAGUUGGACGCCUUUUAUUUUAAGGAAAAUAUCCUUCCACUGAGGUGUUUGAUUCCUUCAUAA